AUGUCCAAGACAGCUCCAGCAGCAAGCUCGGGUACCGCGACGCCGACCGUGCCCUCGUCGACCAAGACCAACCUCGUACUGGAAGAGGACGACUACGCGAACCCCCCGCCGGCGCGCGCACUGGUCGCGUCCACAGCGGGGCAGAUGUACGCGCUUUCCGUCUCGUUUGUCCUCGGUACAGCGGCAACAGUGGCUCUCGCGGGGUUGUACAUUGGCAUCGGGUGCCCCUCAGACUCCCCUCUUCUCGCCGUCCUCUGCUCGGACAACCACUACAAGUACCUCCUCCCAAUCCUCGUCCCCGUCACGGCGUGGUUCGUCAUUGCCAACUGGGUUGGCUGGCAGUUCUUCCGCUACGCCUAG